UAUAUACACUGUAAAAUAUUCGAAACUCUUUCGUUUGUAGCACUAAUGUAGCACUAAUGUAGCAACAGUGAUAUUUCGAUACAGCGUAGAUAGUGUCCUUGGCUGUAUUUAGAAAAGAAAAGUUUUAAUGAAAAUUACAAACUGCAUUUUUUUUCCAAAUUUAUCCAUUGGUUGUUAAUUUUUAAUUUCGGGAUCUUUGGGCGCCUCUGAGUCCACCCAGCUCUGACAUUAGUUGGGGAAAAGUAAAGGAGGUCGGUCGUUGUGCUGGCCACAUGACACCCUCGUUUACCUUAGGCGACAGAAACAGAUGACCUUUACAUCAUCUGCUCUAUAGACCACAAGGUCUGAAAGGUUAACUUUUUUUUUCUUUUUUAGUUACGCUUGAAAAGACUGAAAUUAAACCGUUAGGUUAUUAUUGUUUGAAAAGAUUUUAAUGAAAGGAAAAAAAAAAGAACGGAACAUAUUCAUUGAUUUGAUAGAGUAAUAAAAAGAAACAAUUAAGUGAACGCGAUGCAGGAACAAUGGCAUAAAACACAGAAUUACAGAUAGUUAAAAACAGUCCGAUUGAGAUGGAAUCAAAGCAGGUAGGGAGGCUGACGUCUGCCGAGGGAACACAAGUAGAUCGAUACGUGCAUGAUGUCAACAGAGAAGGAUCAAUUAAACAAAACCCAGAUCGUUCAGACUGCAGGUCUAAGCACGACUCUGUAAGCGUCGUGAACUUUGAGAGCGAAGUACAGGACGUCGGGAAGUCUAGAAUCGUCACGCGGUUUUUAUCCUCCGUCAAAAGUGAGGACUUGAACGAAUGUCUUCGAAAGCCGGAGCGUCGUGUUUCCACCGGAAGCUCACCGCAGCGCCCAACCUUGAGAAAAAAAUCACGUUUCGCCAACGCUGUCCGGGAACUCGUUCAUCGCAGCAAAACUCGUAGAACGAAGCAAAUUUCUGAGAACUCGCAGCAUUCGAGCGAGAUCGACCACAGAAGUGAAACUUCAAAGUCUGUUUCAACAAGAAUGGAUGUCAAAGAACUCACUGGAAAGUCGUACAACGAGAGAACGUCAGGGGACGACAUUGACUUAACGAUUGCGGGGAAAGGGUUAGGCUUUUCAUCGGGAAUUCCCAUGAAUAGAAAAAUAACCCCAGACGACCUUGCAAAAACGGGCACUGACCCUGAUAUUUUGACUGAACAAACAGACCGGAAGCGGUUAAACAAGAUGGUCUCAACACAGAGUGUUGCUGCUCAAUCAGACGGAGAGAAGAGGCGUAACCGAAGGCGACCGAGAGAAGGUCACGGGGAAAAAGUGGAGAAAAUGGAAGACCCGAUCAUUUUAAAUUCCACUUCGAGAAAGAUGGCAUCAACCGAAAAAGACAUUCCACAGAGUAUUAGCACAGACUCGGGGAUUGGUAGCCCGACGGAAGUGAUCUACAACAUUCAUUCCGCCGAGAAAGCUGUUGAAGAAACAAUACUAGAGCACGCGGAAUCAGAACUCGCAGCAGAUCAUCAUCUCGCGCGCUCGAUCGGUCACGAUCACUCACAGGGUCGUUCCCCUGGAGGCGACUCGCCCGCUUCCCCGCUUCCGCAAUCCGUCACAAACGACACUUCGAAUUAUCGGGUAAUCUCUCUGCCAGAUCGCUUGCAACCCUCACUGACGCCUCCCGGGCGGACAGGCGAAAACGAUUCUGAGCUCCCACGAUUGACCUGUGGGGAAGUGGACAAAUCGGACGCAGGCCAACACACACCAACCCCUGACCCUGCUCGGCUCGAUCGCUCGGCCGCAACAAAUCUGUACUCUUCCUGUGUCCUGGAUUUCGACGGCGGAAAUGACGAGUUUCUUUCCCGUGCAAAUAUCUGUGAGAACUUGGAAGAAAAAGUAACUCUCCCCGACUCUAAUCUAGGUCAAAUUAAACCCAGGCUUAGGAGCUCUUCUUCUCUGGAGGAGGAGGAGACGGAAGCGGCGCUAGCAAGCAGGAGACAUUUGUUCGACUCCCUUCAAAGGGGCAUAUCGAUAGAUUCGAUACCGAUCUCUGCCUCUCACGAUACCUUAGCAGAGUUCACAGUGAGUAACAUUAUAAGGACUUUAAUAAGCAAUCAGAACAAGAAACGGAUACUUGAAACAGAGGAAUCGAAUCUGUCGAUCGAAGAUAAGCUUUCUUCCCAGAAUUCACUUGAAGACUCAGACACAGAAAUCCACCUCGACUCUGACACUCGCGAGGACACAGACAAAACUGUUCCGGACAAGGUUGCGCCAGAGAAACCAAUCAGACGAAAGCUUACAUUCAGAAACCAGGUCAGUCUGCAGGACGUCAUCGCUCUCUCGGACUCCCCUAACACAGACCGGAAGUUGAAAGGCAUUCUCAAGUCCACCAGCGUGCCGGCUCUCUCAUCCAGCAAAGACAGUUUCACGGAACGGCUUCCAGAUGUCAACGGAACGGUCAAGCUAGAGUUACCUAACCUAGAGUUACCGACCUCCAGAUCUGUGUCUUUUAACAAAACCCACAUUAAGAACACAUUCAGUUACUAUAACGACGCCUUUGAAGGGGAAAUAAUAACGGAGCCCAGCAAACGACCCAGUUUAGCGGAUGUCGUUAGUCAAAUCAUGCGGCAAGGAGCAAUCGUGGACAUCGAUGAGGACAACAGCCACCCGUACGGCCGUGACACCAGCUUGACUGACCUGAUCACCGGGAAGAGGCGGGACAGCUACAAGAUGGACGCCGGGAAGAUGAUCGUCUGGCUGGUGCUGGCCAUAAUGAUUGUCAGCCUUGCCGGGGGAAUUAUUUUUAUGUCAGAAACCUACAACAUGAACCACAAGGAUGACGAUGUCGUUGUAGCACCUGUUGAAACCACCACAUUAACCAACCAUCUGAGGUGACGCCACUGACCACAGCCAAGAGAAAUGAACCACGAGUAGCCUGUUUGAACGAUUUCUCAUAUAAGUUUACGCGAUCGCUAUGCUCCCGUGUACCCACCAUGUACUGCUGUAAACUACCAUGAACUAUCACACACUGCAUAAUGUAGUUGCCAUAUACUGCGUUAUACUGCUUCACGCUAGGCUGCCAUAUAUGUGUUAUAUAUCAACUAAUUGCUAUGGAUCAGUUUUAAGUGCGUGUUUUACAUGUUUCGGAAGUUUUUUCAAAGAUUUUUACAUCCUAGGCCAAACAGUGCCUCAGGACGGCGAGAAAUGGCGGCGGACAGUGUUCGAACCUUGGACCAUCAAGACGAAAGCCCAAAGCGCAUGACUUAACUCUUUCGUCAACUCUGCCUAGCAGCAACAGAAAGACCAGCUUAGGCGCCAAUUUGCUUUAACUGACAUAGAAGAUAGCAUGCGGCUCCAGAACGAGACAGCUGGAGGUCACUUACAAAGGCUUACUUACUGCAUUCCUCAUUAAAAUUCGGCCUCAAAGACAAGCCUUAUUUAUUUAUACGAAUGUUCCACAUUAAAUGUAUAUUUAUUUCAAAUUUAGUUCUGAUGAAUUUUGAUUCUAUUGUCUUCAGCUUUCAGAUCUCAUUAACACGAAAAAAAAUAAAUAGAAUGCGCAAAGAA